CGUUAGAAUGUUGACGUAAAUAAAAACGUAUAGCGCGGUUCACAUCGGUUCAUAAUGGGUUUUUUUUUUGCGCACAAUCGGUAAACGUUGCCUUGACGCUCACGUGACAUCAGAUUCUAGAAAGUAUCAGAGGUUUAACGCUAAGCUAACAUGCUAACGCUAACUAGCUAAGACAGGGUCCACGAGCUAAGUUUGAUCUCUAAAUUGAUCCAUGACUUUUUGUGAACAUCAACGUCAAGAUUUAAAGUUACGUCAUACCUAAAGUCAAAGAACGUCAAGAUGUCCUUUUUAUUCGACUGGAUCUACAGGGGGUUUAGUAGUGUUUUACAGUUGUUAGGUCUGUACAAAAAGUCUGGGAAGCUGGUUUUCCUGGGCCUGGACAAUGCUGGUAAAACAACGCUCCUACACAUGUUAAAAGACGACCGACUUGGCCAACAUGUGCCAACACUGCAUCCAACUUCUGAAGAGCUCUCAAUUGGUGGGAUGACAUUUACUACAUUUGAUCUGGGGGGACAUGUACAAGCUCGAAGAGUGUGGAAGAACUACCUGCCGGCUGUGAAUGGAGUCGUCUUCCUGGUGGACUGCGCGGAUCACGACAGACUCUCAGAAUCUAAGACUGAGCUGGAUGCUCUCCUAGGAGACGAGACCAUAGUCAAUGUACCAGUGUUGGUGUUGGGUAAUAAAAUUGACCGGCCCGAGGCCAUCAGUGAAGGAGGGCUGAGGGGAGCUUUUGCUCUCGAUGGUCAAGUCACCGGAAAGGGAAAUGUGUCUUUGAAGGAGCUGAACGCCCGGCCGCUGGAGAUUUUCAUGUGCAGCGUGUUGAAAAAACAAGGCUACGGGGAAGGUUUUCGAUGGUUAUCACAGUACAUCGACUGACGCAGGACUGAAGCUCAACCAGAAGGGAUUUUCUUGACACAUUUUCACGAGAGCAUGACAAAGACGCUUUGCCUCUUUGCCAGUGUCAGGCAGCCCACAUUUCAAACUUUAAGAGCAUAUUCUUUUCAACACUUUAUUCAGGAUUUGAAGGUUUCUAUGCAAACUUUUAAAGUGGUUCAUGGUGGACUGUCCUACCCGUGUUAUCCAUGUGAGAAUUAACUGAGUUGUCUAACUCCAUGGCAUGUUAAUUGGGUUACAUCAUACCUCAUUAUAAUUCACAGGCAGACAUGCAUUAUGCAAGAAUGUAGAUACGUAUACGUCAGUGUAGCAUUAUUUAAUAUGGAAUAGACCAACUGUUGUAGUUAAAAUUCUUUAGGAAGCAAGUGAUGAAAAUGAAGAACUCCGUGGUGAUUGUGUUGGGUCGUCUGAUGUCGUAUUAAGUUUAGAUUUUAAUAUAUAUAACUAAAUACAGAAGAUUAUUUUAUUAGUUUAAUCUAAUGAUACGCAGCCACUGCCUUCAAAGCAUAUAGCCAAAGAUGUACGCUAAUCACUUCGGGGUUAGCGGGGAGAGAGAGAGAUUGGACUUCAACAAUAGAUAUCUUCCACGCUGAGCACCGAGCCACAAUAACAUCUAAUCCCCUUUAGAAAGCUAACGAGGAGAAGAGACAGCACGUCGCAUAAAUAAAGGCAACGAUGAUGAGUGAACUGAGUUAAACUAAGCAGCUCACUGAUGAGUGUGCUGUGAAUCAUUUGCUUCUCCCUUUCAGUGUCUCGAUGGGAUUGGCUCGUUUGUUUUUGCAAAUGUUCCUAUGCACGUUGACCCAUAUAAUUUGAAGAGCGUUAGACUGAAAUAAGUCUUUAUUUUCUUUGACUUUGGGGUGUUCAGUACAGAACUCAAGGAUAAGAUGUUCAUGACGUUCAAUGGCUGCCCUUGCUUUAUUAUAUCAAUGAUAUCUGUAAUAACUAAUUGCCCUUAAAAUGUCGGGAAGCAAUAAAAUCGAAUGACCAACUGUACUGUAACAGAAACAAUCUUACUCCUCUGUAUUUGAGAGCAAGACAGAAUAUAUGUAGUUCUGAGUUAAUUCAACUCAAACACAUUUAUUUUUUGUUAUUUAUUCUGCUCUAAUCCAUACUCUGAGCAAUCAAUGUGCCUGUAAUCAGCAUGCAGGCUGUGCAACAGGGUUGAAGUGCUGCAGGUAUUGCACUUUUUGACUAUUUGAAAAGAUAUGAAGGUGCACUUGCUGUUAACAUAUGCUGACCUGUAAAUUAAUAUUCAAAUCGUAUUCUGGAUGUUUGAGUCUGUACAUGUAAACAUGCAUACAUUUAUACAAUGAUAGAUUAUAGUGAUCAUUGUUCUCCAUGUACUGUUUCCUGCGUCCCGUGUUUACAGAGCAACAUUUGAAAUAUUCUGCCCAUUAAAAUAUGCAGGGAUGUUCGUGACUGAGAUAAAAGAGAACAUACAUAUGAUUUUAUACAGGGAAUUUUGAGUGUUUACUGAGAUACAGAACACAUGUAAACAAACCGCUUUCCCUUUCAACAGUGUUCUUUACCAGUCGCUGAACUCCUGUAAAUGAUGUAUAAUACAGAUGUAAAUGUUUGUACAGCUGCGGCCUAUAAGCCGACGCUAAUAAAGCACUGAAGUUAUUUAUAGCUGAUUAACUUGAAAUAUUUGCGGCGAUUAUCUGUGCAAAUAGUUUCAACUUGAAUGACAACAUGCUGACAUAUGGUUUGAUCUAUGUGAUGAUGUUGUAAUAAAACCAACUUGUUUUUUGGA